CCAAACAGAACCCUGCCUCCCCUCCCCGGUCUGAAGCUGGCUCCCCACAGGGAGCUGGAGCAGGCACAGCAGAGAGGCAGGCUGAAGUGUUCUAGCUGCGGAGGCUCCUGGAUGUUCUUCUGCUACACCUGCUGCUCUUUAGUGGGCGUCAGCCAGCAGGAAAUCCCCUCCGUCAAGCUCCCUAUAAAGAUUGACAUCAUCAAGCAUCCCAGUGAGGUUGAUGGGAAGAGCACAGCCAUACACGCCAAGAUCCUCGCCCCUGAUGAUGUCACCAUCUACACCUACCCCUGCAUACCUGAGUAUGAAGAUGACACAGACAAAGUAGUGCUGGUGUUCCCUGGUCCUGGAUCAGUCUCAGUGGAGGAGAUGACAUGGAGAUUACAGAACCUGGCUGACAUGAAGUCCGCUGCCUCCCCAGAUGAGGAACCGUCCCCAAAGAGGCCCAGAGCCGAGGAGACACCAGAGGCCACAUAGCAGGCUGAGGGAUAGACAUCAGAAGCCACACACACAGAAGAGAGGGGAGGGGAAGCAGGGAUAGAGGGCCAGACUGAGACACCAGGGGCCUGUCCCCUCCAAAGUGGUGUUUAUCGACAGCACAUGGAACCAGACCACCAGAAUCAUCACAGAUGAGACUACAGGCGUUGCUCCGUGUGGAGCUGAAGACCAGGAAGACGUGUUUCUGGCGCCAUCAGAAAGGUUCUCCAGACACCUACCUGGCAACCAUAUAGGCUGUCUACUACUUCCUCAAGGACUACCAGGAGCUGUGUCUGAGACAGGAGUACACAGGACAGUACGACAACCUGAUGUACUUCUACUGUUACCUACACACACUGAUCAACAAGGCUAAGACAACCGCUGGGAGACGCUGAGGCUGCAGGGAGGAGAGAGAGGCCAAAACUACCGCUGGGAGACGCUGAGGCUGCAGGGAGGAGAGGGGCCAAAACUACCGCUGGGAGACGCUGAGGCUGCAGGGAGGAGAGGGGCCAAAACUACCGCUGGGAGACGCUGAGACUGCAGGGAGGAGAGAGAGGCCAAAACUACCGCUGGGAGACGCUGAGGCUGCAGGGAGGAGAGAGAGGCCAAAACUACCGCUGGGAGACGCUGAGGCUGCAGGGAGGAGAGAGGCCAAAACUACCGCUGGGAGACGCUGAGACUGCAGGAGAGAGAGAGGCCAAAACUACCGCUGGGAGACGCUGAGGCUGCAGGGAGGAGAGAGAGGCCAAAACUACCGCUGGGAGACGCCGAGACUGCAGGGAGGAGAGAGGCCAAAACUACCGCUGGGAGACGCUGAGGCUGCAGAGAGGAGAGAGAGGCCAAAACUACCGCUGGGAGACGCUGAGGCUGCAGGGAGGAGAGAGAGGCCAAAACUACCGCUGGGAGACGCUGAGGCUGCAGGGAGGAGAGAGAGGCCAAAACUACCGCUGGGAGACGCUGAGGCUGCAGGGAGGAGAGAGAGGCCAAAACUACCGCUGGGAGACGCUGAGACUGCAGGGAGGAGAGAGAGGCCAAAACUACCGCUGGGAGACGCUGAGGACUGCAGGGGAGGAGAGAGAGGCCAAAACUACCGCUGGGAGACGCUGAGGCUGCAGGGAGGAGAGAGAGGCCAAAACUACCGCUGGGAGACGCUGAGACUGCAGGGAGGAGAGAGGCCAAAACUACCGCUGGGAGACGCUGAGGCUGCAGGGAGGAGAGACAGGCCAAAACUACCGCUGGGAGACGCUGAGACUGCAGGGAGGAGAGAGAGGCCAAAACUACCGCUGGGAGACGCUGAGGCUGCAGGGAGGAGAGAGAGGCCAAAACUACCGCUGGGAAACUACCGCUGGGAGAUGCUGAGACACACAAUCACCACCAAGGCCUCCAAAAAUAGCUGACAAACUGUCUUACUAACCAGUUUUCCAUCCAGCCUUUUUAUGCAAGUAAAGUACGUCACUCACCUGCCAGUCAGGUAACCUUGUCAUCUUAGUUUUGCUCUUGCACUUUGAGAUUUUUUGAUUUUGGAAUUCGUCAAAAGAUUUGGCGCGCUCCCCAUAGAGAUAAAAUAUAAAUGUAACUUUCCAAAUGUCGACAAAACAAAAUACGCUAUACAAGGCAGUGGCGACCCAUCAUUCAGGGCAGGUGGCUUGCCGGUCUCCCCCCUUAUGCCGUAGUUUGUACAUCUCAAUUGUCAGUAGAAACCACAUUUGUUUAAGCAAGUCAGCCAUAUCAGCUAUGUUUUUUUAAAAGGCAGUAAAUGAAGCUGAAAGAAGUGUUUCCCUGCCAGACAAGGCUCCGCUGAUAGCCAGGUGUAGCUUGUUAUGGGACUCUGCUGUUGGGACUCUGCUGUUGGGACUCUGCUGUUGGGACUCUGCUGUUGGGACAGCUUUAUGUAGGCCCUAACAGGUUGUGGGCACCGCUUGUCACCGUUCUAGUGCUAUUAAUGUAUUGUUUAGUGUUGUGUCGUGACUUUGCUGGCAUGCAUCCCACUAGUUUUUUUUAUUUAUUAAAUUUUUUAGCCCCACCAAGAUUUACAUGCUAAAAUCGCCACUGAGACGAGGUAGGAUCUUUUUGUGUCUAAAAUGUCUAAUGCAAGAAAUGGCGGUGGAAACGCUUUUAUGCACUAAUAUUGAGAUAGACAUCAUAUAUUCAAGUCACACGAUGACAUUUUGCGUGGUCCUCCCACUACGACUUAAAUAUGUUAACUUUACAGGGUGGUGAAGGUACAAGGUGAUGAGCUUGAUGUGCCUUUCCAAUAGAUAUCCAGGGUCUUAUUCUGGUGACAUGAUGAUCGAUGCUUUGUUGCCGUUUUGACAAAUAAAGAAUCUCGCUCUUUGUCCAUAGUAAUCUCAUGUCGGCUGUAGCUACACUGUAUCUGCCAGUCCAUAGUAAUCUCAUGUCGGCUGUAGCUACACUGUAUCUGCCAGUCCAUAGUAAUCUCAUGUCGGCUGUAGCUACACUGUAUCUGCCAGUCCAUAGUAAUCUCAUGUCGGCUGUAGCUACACUGUAUCUGCCAGUCCAUAGUAAUCUCAUGUCGGCUGUAGCUACACUGUAUCUGCCAGUCCAUAGUAAUCUCAUGUCGGCUGUAGCUACACUGUAUCUGCCAGUCCAUAGUAAUCUCAUGUCGGCUGUAGCUACACUGUAUCUGCCAGUCCAUAGUAAUCUCAUGUCGGCUGUAGCUACACUGUAUCUGCCAGUCCAUAGUAAUCUCAUGUCGGCUGUAGCUACACUGUAUCUGCCAGUCCAUAGUAAUCUCAUGUCGGCUGUAGCUACACUGUAUCUGCCAGUCCAUAGUAAUCUCAUGUCGGCUGUAGCUACACUGUAUCUGCCAGUCCAUAGUAAUCUCAUGUCGGCUGUAGCUACACUGUAUCUGCCAGUCCAUAGUAAUCUCAUGUCGGCUGUAGCUACACUGUAUCUGCCAGUCCAUAGUAAUCUCAUGUCGGCUGUAGCUACACUGUAUCUGCCAGUCCAUAGUAAUCUUAUGUCGGCUGUAGCUACACUGUAUCUGCCAGUCCAUAGUAAUCUCAUGUCGGCUGUAGCUACACUGUAUCUGCCAGUCCAUAGUAAUCUCAUGUCGGCUGUAGCUACACUAUCUGCCAGUCCAUAGUAAUCUCAUGUCGGCUGUAGCUACACUGUAUCUGCCAGUCCAUAGUAAUCUCAUGUCGGCUGUAGCUACACUAUCUGCCAGUCCAUAGUAAUCUCAUGUUGGCUGUAGCUACACUGUAUCUGCCAGUCCAUAGUAAUCUCAUGUCGGCUGUAGCUACACUGUAUCUGCCAGUCCAUAGUAAUCUCAUGUCGGCUGUAGCUACACUGUAUCUGCCAACACCAGAGUGGAACCAUGUGCUAUAUAACGCAACAAAACCAUCAGCAGAGUUAAAAAUGUGAUGGACCCCAUUUAUUUUUUAAAGUUACUUUUAUGUACAAUACAUCAGCCUUUUAUCCACAACAAGUCAAUCUGAUAAACAUCUCUGGUGGGAAAAUGCAUAUUGUUUUUAUGCAGAUUUUAGAAUAUUCUAAUGAAACCCAGCUACUGUCUAAAACUCUGAGAUUUAUGUGGAGGACAAAGUACAGCUCUAAUUCGAUCCAAACUUAGGAGAUUGAAACUCUUGGUGCUGUCUUUCAGUGAUUCAGGUUCAGAUGUGAUGUUCUAAGGAAUGGUUGUUACUGUGCAACAUAUGUUGAAUUAUGAACAGUAUAUCACCUGGUCUGUGUUCAUGUGUUCAGUAGGAAAUGUACUGAAUUUACAUGUGAAUACAGAAAUGUAAAGAUUUUGAUAAAGGCUGGGGUUGAAUUCAUUA